GCUCGUGCCCCGGCUCAGUAGCGUUGGGCUGGCGCACGCGGCGAACUCCGGGGCUGCGCCACUUGCAGGCGCUUCUGGGCCACCAGUUUCCACACUGGCGCCCCCCAGCCCAGGCUCCACGACUUCGGUGCCUCGGGCGUCCCCGUCUUGCAGUCUCAAUCGACGCAACGCCUCCAUGUUGUCCAAACCUCUGCAGGGGCUCCCCGCGACCCCCACGCAGCCGCCAGGAGGCAAGGGUCGAGAAGCGUUCGAGGCCGAGUAUCGACUAGGUACCCUCCUGGGUAAAGGGGGCUUUGGAACGGUCUUCGCAGGACACCGCGUCACCGACCGACUCCAGGUGGCCAUCAAAGUGAUCCCCCGCAACCGUGUGCUGGGUUGGUCCCCCUUGUCGGACUCAGUCAUGUGCCCCCUGGAAGUAGCACUGCUCUGGAAGGUGGGGGCAGGUGGCGGGCACCCUGGGGUCAUCCGCCUGCUUGACUGGUUUGAGACCCCUGAGGGCUUCAUGCUAGUCCUUGAGCGGCCUAUGCCAGCCCAGGACCUCUUCGACUACAUCACAGAGCAGGGUCCCCUAGGCGAAGAGCGGAGCCGCUGCCUCUUCUCCCAAGUUAUCUCAGCUGUCCGCCACUGCCAUGCCUGCGGAGUUGUCCAUCGCGACAUCAAGGAUGAGAACAUCGUGAUAGAUCUCCGCCGUAGCUGUGCCAAACUCAUUGAUUUUGGCUCUGGUGCCCUGCUUCAUGAUGAGCCCUACACUGACUUUGACGGGACAAGGGUGUACAGCCCCCCCGAGUGGAUCUCUCGUCAUCAGUAUCACGCUCUCCCAGCCACCGUCUGGUCACUGGGCAUUCUCCUCUAUGAUAUGGUGUGUGGGGACAUUCCAUUUGAGAAGGACCAAGAAAUUCUGGAGGCCCAGCUUGACUUCCCAGCCCAUGUCUCCCCAGAUUGCUGUGCUCUGAUCCGUCGGUGCCUGGCCCCCAAGCCUUCUGCCCGACCCUCACUGGAGGAGAUCCUGCUGGACCCAUGGAUGCAGACACCAGCUGAGGACGCAAGCCCCAGCAAUGCCACUGGGGGUGCCACUGCUUUAACAUGGUCCCGGCUGCCCUAGUCCCAGCCAAGUCCCUGCUAGUUGAAAUAGCCAGCUCAUGGCCAUGCCACAGGAAUAGGUGGGCAUCCGUUGGCCUGGUUUUACAGGUCACUACAAAUCCAGUGUUAAUUAGGGUCAGAGACGGGGGAAGAGAGGAGUGAGAGACCUAAACCAAGUUUGUACCAUCCCCACCCCAGUCCCAAGGAGCCUUCUUCCCCAGAAUUCUGUGGUCUUUCAUUCUGGAGAAGGGUGUUUGUUGUUUUGUCACGAAUGUUUAGUUGGUUGAAGAUUAGUUGGCUUGAAUUCUGUUUUGUUCUGAGCCCCAGGACUUUGUUGAGUUAGUUAUAAUACACAUUACCCAAUCCCCCCACCACACACACAUACCCCUUUGCACUGGCACCUCCUGUUCCUACCACACACUGAGUUUGAAGUGCCCUUUCUCGGGCAAGGGUGCUUCCCUUCCAAUAUAGUCCAGCAACCCUGAUUUUUUAGCAAAGGGACUCUCCCUUUAGCCCGAGGUCCUAUAUUCAAUCAAGCUGCUUACCUACCUCAGCCCAGGGUGGCUUAUUCUGGGGGAGGUAACACCCUAUUUGUUAAUCCUAGGGCCACCUUUUUUUUUUUUUGUCUGCUGAGAGGGCCCUACUGUUAUCCCAAGUGCUCUUAAUUCUGGUGAUGAGAACCCUACUUCCAUGGUUUGGGAAGAAAUGGGAGAUAGACAGCACCAGAGUCCACUAGGAUGAGGUGGAUGGAUUUUGGGGGGAAUGGAAUAUGGAAAAAUCAGUCUUGUUCGUUCUCCUGGGCCUCCCCUCCACCUUUAUUCAAGAUUUUUUGCCGCCUCCUUCUGAGCCAAGAUUGUCUAGUUGCUGAAAUGUAAAUACUUAAGUAUUGGGGGGAGGGGUUCCAACUUUGUCCUCUCCCUUCUAACCCCACCCCGCCUGGAUUAUUUAAAAAGCCAUGUGUGGUAACUCACUAUUUAAUAAAGUAUAGAACCCAAAGUGA